AUGAUCAUCGUUCUUGUUGGUAUUCAUACUUGUUCUGCUUACCUUUCUGUUAAGAGACGAGAUGAGGAGCCAAACGGAAUCAGCAGCUCCUUCAUGACCACUAAUAUCCCGAAAAGCAUAACAAGCCACAGUUCUGCACCGAAUAAAAGCGAUUCUUUCAUCGAAGAUGAAAAUAGCGAGGCAAGGGGUGGAUCAGUAGGGCUUUCCAUCGCAAAGAUGGGCAAAAAGCUCUCGAACACGAACUUUGAACAUGGACUUAAUGUUCUAGAAUCUCCAUUGCAUGGCGUCACAAAAGCUAUUGAAUCGGCAACAAGUGAAGCCGGUAGAGAGCUGACUGUUUUAAAGACCUUGUUUGAAAACAAGAAAUGGAGAGAGAUGAUUGCGGAGUUGGAUGUCUCGUGGAACAAGCGUGUGAUCAGAUAUUGUGUCUUUAAUCACUGCCUGAAACUUCAUGAAAGUCCGAUUGAUUUAUUUCGAUAUAUGAAAGUCCGACUCACUUAUUCCCCGAAUGGCAUAGAAAGUAUCGACCCAAAGCUUCUCUGGUGGUUAGAAUACAUCAGCAUGUAUAGGCUGAUCGAAAAAAACAUUCCGAAUGACGAGGAUACGAGCGACACGGCUUCGAGUCUUAUUGGAUUUGGAAACAAAGAGCUAUCGUCAUUUUUGGUCACAGAGUAUGGCUUGCAGACUGCUGGAAUGGAGACGUCGUCGGCAGUUGUUACACUCGGUCUGACACCAAUAAUCCCGCAUCAACAAGUGGUGACACUUUUCGAAUUGCUUCGCCAAAGUCACGAAAUGAAAAUCCAAAAACUAGUUGAAGACAUGCAGAAGUACUUGGUGACGAAGUCGGAUGCUCAGAAGUUGGUGCUACAGACGUGGCUGAUAGACCGCGUAUCGCCGUGUGUCAUAUUUAACAUUUUAGGUGUGAAAAUUCAGCCUGGUCCGAUUGGCGAUGAAGAUGUGCUUGUUUUGUGGCUACAGUAUGUCGAGAUGUAUUGGACGGUUUGGCAUCCAGAUUCUUUUGAAAACAGCUUCAGAUAUUCCACGUUUUUGGAUCUUCUCGGAGAAUCAUCAAGCGAUAACACAGCGGAGACGCUUUUCACGGACUCACACUAUAAAAUACUCGACAAGAAAGUGGUUUUCGGGUUUGGAAGCCACUUAGAUAAUUUGAAGGCAAUGUGGAUAAGGCGGCGCUGGAUGUAUAGUGGCGCAAAGCCUCAACAACUUUUUCGCUUUUAUUUUCCAUCAGGGGAAUUUACGUAUCGAAGUCGAGAUACUUUGCAGGCUAUCGAGUUUAUCAACCUUUACCGAUUGCGCAAGACGUUUACCAAUGAAGAAGUGUUUAACAUGCUGAGUCCAGCGAAUUCGGUUGAAAAUAUAGUGGAUAUGUUCCAAUUGAUUAUGACCCAACCUAGGUUGGAAGACUUAGCAAUCGGUAUGCUUGAUUACAUUUCCGAUCCUUCGACUAUUAUAAAAGUAGAUGAGAUGACUCCGCCCAUCUAUUGGCAAAUUUUCGUAGCUCAACGCGCUGAUAAUGAACUUUUGCUAUCGAGAUGGCACGAAUAUACCACUAUGUGGAGUGUUAAACACAAGCUGGCAUUUGAAGACGUGAUGAAGCUGGAUGUGCCGACUAGUCUUCAAGUGGCCGAACGGGAAACUCUUAAGCGAAAAUCUGCCGCGGUAGUGCAUACUAACGAGUUGCAACGGGAGGGAUCACCUGCUCAGAAGAAGCUUAGAAGAAACCCUUAG